GCGGAGGCGGAGGCGUGGACGGCGGCGGCCCGUGGGGCCCGGGACCAGGUGCCUCCAUGGCAGGCUCAGAGGAACUGGGGCUCCGGGAGGACACGCUGAGGGUUCUAGCUGCCUUCCUCAGGCGGGGUGAGGCGGCUGAGCCCCCUGUCCCAACCCCACCCAGGAGCCCUGCCCAAGAGGAGCCAACAGACUUCCUGAGUCGCCUUCGAAGAUGUCUUCCCUGUCCGCUGGGUCGAGGAGCAGCUCCCCCUGAGUCCCCUCGGCCUUGUUCCCUGCCCCUCCGCCCCUGCUAUGGCUCAGAACCUGGUCCAGCUACUCCAGACUUCUAUGCCCUGGUGGCCCAGCGGCUGGAACAGCUGGUCCAAGAGCAACUGAGAUCUCCUCCAAGCCCAGAGUUACAGGGUCCGCCACCCACAGAGAAGGAAGCCCUGCUGCGAAGGCUGGUGACCUUGCUGGAAGAAGAGGCAGAAGUCAUCAACCAGAAGCUGGCCUCCGACCCGGCCCUUCGUCGCAAGCUGGCCCGCCUCUCUGCAGGCUCUUUCGCCCGCCUAGUGGAGCUCUUCUCCAGCCGGGAGGGCAGCCCUUGCCCAAGCCGCACAAGUCCCUCGUUUCCAUGCCCUGGGCCCCCACCACCUUCCCCAGAACCCCUCGCCCGCCUGGCUCUGGCCAUGGAGCUAAGCCGGCGGGUGGCCCGACUCGGGGGCACCCUGGCUGGACUCAGCGUGGAGCACGUGCACAGCUUUGCGCCCUGGAUCCAGGCCCAAGGGGGCUGGGAGGGCAUCCUGGCUGUUUCACCUGUGGACUUGAAUUUACCCUUGGACUGAGAUCUUCCUCAGAAGCUGCUACAAGAUUGGACCUCAUGCCCCUACCCUCUUCAUUUGCUUUUUCAACUUUUCUUCUUCCACUCAGGGCUGUGGGGUGGUGGCUGCCUUUACCUGUUUUUACCAAAAAGAAUUUGUUUGAAAACUUUUCAUAUUAAAAGCUUUUA